AUGAUUCACAAAAAGGGUGACAAGACUGACCCAGCUAACUACCGUGGUAUUACCCUUAUCAAUACAAUCACCAAGAUUUUUACAUCUUGGAGAGAGAUAUUUGGCAUUUUUGUGGACUUCCAAAGAGCGUUUGACUCGGUUCCUCACACACUUCUUUGGGAAAAGCUCUAUCGAUUAUCGCUGAGUACUAAGUUCAUCAACACAAUCAAAUCGCUCUAUAACGAAUCCUCAUUACAAGUAAAAGGAAUGGAAUCCAAAUCGAACGUGUUUGAGGUCACCGAGGGUGUCUUGCAGGAAGAGGCUCUAAGUCUUGAUCUGUUUCUACUUUUUAUAGCUGACAUCGAACAUUUAUUCAGAUCCAAAGGCCUUUACAGCCUUAGUAUUAACGGACUAACUGACAUCCUGAUGCUUCUCUACGCUGACGACACGGUCAUCUUUGCUCACUCUCCUAUUGAUUUGUUAAGAAAACUCAGAAUGCUAGAAGAGUACUGCGACGCAAGUGGGCUUACUGCCAAUAAAUCAAAAGCCAAGAUUGUCACCUUUAAAGCUGCUGAGAGGAUUCGUGAUUGCACACCGCAAUACAGAAUGUACAAGGGCUCGUGUUUGGAGAUAGUCAAAAGCUACUCUUAUUUGGGUGUCAACAUAUCUACGUCAACAAAGGGCCUAAUUCCAUUACAAACAGCUAUUAGCAAGGCUAAAUGCGCCUCGGGAGCUGCCAUGUCCAUAUUAGCUAGGGCUAGAUAUGACUCGUGGGAAGCCUACAACAAAAUCUUCGAGACCAUGGUUGAGUCUGUUUUCUUGUAUACUUUCCCCGCAUGGAAUCUUUGGUACCGCAACUCACUGGAGCCCGUUCAAACCUAUUUCUGCAAAAAACUCUUUAAACUUUCCCGAAAUUCGGCUGACUAG